AUGGCAACAAUAAUCGCAAUCAAAGCUCCGGUCGACAACUGUACGCCCCCACUCGAAGUCCCUGAUGCUCCCGCAUCACUAUCAACACCAUUGCUUCCAGCUGAACUUGCGGCAUCACCUGCAGAUGGGUCAUUAGGGGCAGAAGGUUCUGAAGUAGCGAGCGCGGAGAAAAAUGAUGCGACGGAGCUGGAGGACAUGGCUGGGGUGAGCGAUAUAGAGGUUGUUGAGGAUGGUGUUUCUGUUGUGGAUGAUUGGGGAGAAUUUGUACUUGAUAUUGACGUGGAGACGGGACUUGCGGUAGAAGUAACAAAAGAACUUUGUGCAGAAAUUCUACCCAAAAGAAAAAAGAGGAAGAAAAAAGUAAAGGAAACUCGAAGAUUGAAAAUGUCCUUCAUAAUGAAAUAA